GCGGAUCGGUCAUUCCUUGCUGGGAAUGUUGCGUGUUGGAUCAGUGCCCGUUGUAGCAGCGCAGUUCAAGGAGCUCACCUACCUGCAACAAAAUACUAGAAAAUAUAUAAGUAUAAGUUUAGUACGUCUUUCUACGGUGCAAUAAAAUGACUGUCUUACAGCUCGGGUCAUGACACGAAAGCGCCCAUCGGUUGUUGGUUCUUCUGCUUUUCUAGCAAAUAAAUCCAAGAGAUGUCGAUGGUAUCCGCUGGCGGCGGCUCGUCCAGCUCGUCCGACCAGGACGUGGUGCGGGAGAUCACAACCCUGCACCGACAUCUCGAAGGGCGCAUGGAAGAGCUCCGGCGAAUGUUUGCCCGCGGCGGAAACCAACCGCAGGCCUCCACGCCGGAAAUGCGGUCUUAUCAGGGUGCAACGGAAUCCUGUUUGCGCGACUUUGAGAGGCACCUCGAGCGGCUAUCUGCGCUGUGGGCGGGCGAUAGUAGGACGACGACGCAGAUGA